UUUUAGUUUAAAUUUUUUCCGUCUCCUUUUGAAGAAAAUGAUGUGCAUGUGUGAAGAAGACAGUCACGUCUUAUAAGGAUGGCAACUUAUAUUUGCUGCAAGAAGGUUCAAGUAGCAGUUCACCAAAACAGUUGCCAAAUCAGAGGGACAUUUCUACGAACUAAUUGGAAGAAAACGUUUCAUCAAAACCCAUUUGCUUUCUUAUACUCAUUACUUGUUAUAUUUCUUUUAUAUGUUUUAUAUAUAACAAAUCAAAAGCAUGACUUUUACAAGCAUGAAAACCAUAUUUACAACGAAGGAAAUAUUCAUGACAGCCACAACUCAAAGUUUCAUUAUGCUGUUGUCAUAGAUUGUGGUAGUAGUGGAUCACGUGUUUAUAUUUAUUAUUGGCCUCCGCAUACAGGUGACAAACAAGAAUUACUAAACAUAAAACAAAUGUUGGAUUUUGAUGGAAAUCCUGUUAGAAUGAAAAUCAAACCUGGCAUAUCUUCAUAUGCAGAUAAUCCAUCUAAUGCAUCACAUUCAUUGAAGCCACUUCUGCUGUUUGCCAUGGAUCAUAUCCCUCAUAAUAAGUAUUUAGAAACUCCGCUCUAUAUAUUAGCCACUGCAGGUAUGCGUUUACUUCCUGAAUCAAAACGUGAGGCAAUACUAGAAAAUCUUCGCGAGAAUAUACCUACUAUGUCACAUUUUCAUUUUGUUGAAUCACAAUUAGAAGUGAUAUCAGGAAAACAAGAAGGAAUUUAUCUCUGGAUUGCAACUAAUUAUAUUCUUGGUCGUUUUGAUCAUUCCCAUGAUGUUUCAACCACACCCUCUAGUACAGUUUCACAUCUAAUUAGAAAGCAAACAAUGGGGACUAUUGAAAUUGGGGGUGCAUCAUUACAAAUAGCUUACGAAAUAUCACAGAAUGCAUCGAUUCCCCCAGAACUAGGGUCCACAAUAAAUUUAGGGUGUGACAUUCAUGAUACAGUUCACAGAUACCAAAUUUAUGUCACCACAUUCUUAGGUUAUGGCACAGAUUCUGCAUGGAAAACUUAUGUUCAAAAACUUUUUGAAGAUAAUGUAAACACAAUAAGAGCUCAUGAGACUGUUUUGGAUCCUUGUCUUCCAAAAGAAUUAGUAGAUGAACAAAUUGUCAAUAACACAAAGUUUAAAAUAACAGGCACUGGCGAGUUUUCUCGGUGCAAAAACUUAUUAGCUUCAAAUAUUGAGCAAUCGAGUGCUGUCUGCAAAAAAUCACCUUGCUCAUUAGAUGGAGUUUAUCAAACUCCUAUUGAUUACCAGCAUGUUGAGUUUUAUGGCUUUGCAGAAUUUUGGUAUUCAUCAAACGAUGUUCUUAAUGUUGGAGGAAAAUAUUCUUAUGAUUCAUUGCAAAAUGCAGCACAGCGUUUUUGUGACACACGGUGGUCUUUACACAAGCGGCAUUAUGCAAUGGGAUUAUACCCUAAAGCAGAUGAUUCAAGAUUUAGGUAUCAGUGUUUUAAAUCUGCAUGGGUUCUUUCAGUUCUUCAUCAUGGUCUAAAGUUUCCGCAUGACUUUAAUGGUCUUACAACAGCGCAAAUGAUCGACGGAAAAGAAGUUCAAUGGACGUUAGGCGCUAUACUUUAUAGAACAAGGUUUAUGCCGUUGAGGGAUAUGCAAAAUAUGGAAAGUAUUCAUUCAACUAAAGCUCUUCAUUCUGGGAUUUGGAUAGUCUUUUAUUCUGGGUUUUAUCCUAUAUUAUUUAUUUGCGCUUCAAUUGCUAUAAUAUUCAUUAUUAUAUAUUGCCGCCGCAUACGUAAAUAUAGCAGACUCCCUGACAUGUAUUCUAUGCAGCAUCCUAUAUUAUCUAAUUACACAGUGCUGUCUAACAAAGAAAAAGCUGUUUAUGAUAUUCGAGUUGAGUUAUAAUCUGUUAUAAAUUACAUAAUCGAUUGGAGUUUGUCGUACUUUUUAGUGUUUAUUUUGUUGAAUGGGGUUUAUGUACUGAUUUGUAAAGGUUAUCUAAUAAAAAAAGCUAUUUAUAAUAUUAAGUAGAGAUCUGUUAUAAAUAAUAUUAUUUACGUGUAAAUAAUAACAUUAAUGAUGAAAAAAUAAGUUUUUAUAUAAUAUUUAGUUUUUUAAGAUUCAGUAAAUUUGAUUCAUUGUAAUAAGAGGAAUUUUUGUUACUUUUUUAGCUUUUGUUUAGUUUUUUGUUUUUUUCUUUACAAGUUUUGUUUUUUGGGACUGUGAAAAAUCACGGCAAAGUUAUCUUUUUUGUCAGUUACCAACCUUUUUUUUAUUUUGAUGGGUUUUUAUCUGACAAUUGAAAUUUUAUUUUUAACGCCGAUACUCUUAUUUUGGUAAAUACGGCAAAUGACAAAAACGCGGAUGUAAAAUUUCAACCUUUUUUUUUUUUUUAACAGUAUCUUUCUAUGAAGUAGGCAUAGCUCAAAGUACAUUUUUUAAUUUAUUCGUACAUAAUUUAUUGCAAUUCACGCACUUAGUUGAUAUGAUAUGAUGAGCGUUAGUAAAAAAUUUACUCAAUUAUUUGCUUAAUUUAUUUAGUUUUUUCUUUUGAAUAUUUAUUGUAUAAUGAUUAACAUUUAAGCUAAUUCAACUGUUUUUAAAA